GGUGAAUCUCAGGAUUUACAAGAACAAUGAGGGCAUCCAAACUUCAGGAAAGCGGUGAGGUUAGAAUCGCACAUUCUCUACAUAAAAAUGAGGAGGAGUUUGUAGCCAGAAGGAGGGAAACUGUUUUUCAAAGCCUGCAGAAACUCGGAAAACACUGCAGUCAGGAUGAAGUGCCAAACAUUGCAUUACUGGGUUCUGGAGGAGGACAAAGAGCCAUGGUGGGUUUGCUGGGAUCCCUGGUUCAGCUUGAUAAAGCGGGUCUUCUGGACUGCAUCCUUUAUCUGAGCGGAGUCUCUGGAUCCACCUGGUGCAUGGCCUCCUUAUACCAAGAACCAGACUGGUCCACCAAACUAGAGACUGUGAAGGACCAAAUCAUCAGGAAAAUCAGCGGUCCUGCAGUCAGCUGGGGAGACGCAUUUGACAAACUGAAGAAAUAUUACUAUGAGAAAGACCACUUCAGCUUGACAGACGUCUGGGCAGUGAUGGUCAUCACUACAUAUGUGAAAGAGAUUGAUGAACGGACACUCUCAGAUCAGUGGGACCAGCUCAGAAAAGACCCGUUUCCCAUCUAUGCAAUAAUGGACAAGCAAAGCAAACAGGAGGAGGCACAAGACCCCUGGUUUGAGAUCAGUCCACUUGAAGCGGGUUAUUCUCUCACUGGAGCGUUUGUGAAAACCUCUAGCUUCGGCAGCAAGUUUUGCAAAGGUUCAAAGAAAAAAGACCAUCCUGAAACAGACAUGCUUUACCUGCAAGCUCUGUGUGGCAGCGUUUUAGCUGAUGGAGACGAGAAUAAGAAAUUCAUCUGGAAACAAAUAAAAGAUUUCUUUCAAAGUUCAAUAACUAUAAAAGAAAUGAAGAUGCUUGAGAAAAGGAGUGAAGAUCCUAAAGACCCAUCUGAGGAAAAGGGUUUCCAGGUGCUCAUGGAUCUUGUGGACAUGAAUCUCGAUGUUUUGAAUGGCAAAGAUCCUUCUGCUCUUGAUCAAUCCAUCAGAAACACACUGAACGAGCUCAGUGGAGGCAAACGCCGGGUGAUUUUGCCAACAGAAAAACUGAAUCUCGCUGAUAAAAAGGCUGCAGAACUGCAUAUGAAGCAAUACACUGAAGAUGUGUGUAAGAAUUUGAGUCUUUGGGACAGGUUUCCUUUUUUGGCUCUUUUCUCGAGCAUUUGUAUAUGCAUGACUCAGUGGACCUGGGGCAGGAAAUAUAACUUCCUUCACGAAAUUACAGAUGAAGCAGUGCCUGCUGCUCUUCUGGAAGGUGAGACGAGAGACUAUAUGGACGCCGGAGUGUUGCUGAACUCACCCUACUUCUCAGUGCUGAGAGAAGAACGAGACAUAGACCUCAUCAUUUCCCUGGAUUUCAGUGAAGCCGAUCCUUUCAAGACAGUGAGAGAAGCUGCUGAGAUGUGUAAGAAGCUAAACAUCCCUUUUCCUGAAGUCAACAUUCCCAGUGAAGACCUGAAGAACCCAAAGGACUUCUAUGUGUUCAAAGGCACAAACACUCCAACCGUGAUUCACAUCCCUCUGUUUAAUGUGGUCAACUGUGGAGGCAAGUUUAGACUGUCUACUUAA